CCCACCACCAGGGGAAAACGUAAACAAAGGUCGGCAGAACGCACACUCAUGCAGGAUUGCAGAAUUCCGUCACGGAUUUCAUCAAAUUUACGGGAUUCAUCAGUGGAAAUAACUGCAGUAGCUUUCUACAACCUUUUUGACAGCCAAUAGUCACUAUGAAAGACGCAAAGCCCUUUCCCGUACUCAAGAAUGACAACUUGCUGCGGGCCGCACGUGGCGAAGUGGUGGACCGAGUGCCCGUGUGGGUGAUGCGUCAGGCGGGCCGCUACCUUCCGGAGUUCCAGGAGCUGCGAAAGCUGCACGACUUCUUUACCGUCUGCCGCACCCCGGAACUGGCGUGCGAAGUGACCAUGCAGCCAUUGCGCCGCUUUGACCUAGACGCCUCCAUCAUCUUUUCGGACAUCCUUGUCAUUCCGCAAGCACUUGGCCUCACCGUGGAGAUGCAUGCGGGCGUGGGUCCCGUACUGCCGCAGCCCAUUGUGGUGCCGGAGGACCUGAAGCGCCUUACGCCGGACGGCGCCUUGUCCCGCCUCAGCUACGUGGGCGACGCAAUCACCAUGAUGCGCCACAAGCUGGAAGGUCGAGUGCCGCUAAUCGGUUUUACAGGAGCGCCAUGGACACUGAUGGGAUAUAUGAUCGAGGGUGGCGGCAGCAAGACCAUGUCAAAAGCUAAAGCUUGGCUCAACGAACAUCCUGAAGACUCUAAACUUUUCCUCAACCUGCUGACCGACGCUAUUGUAGACUACCUGGAAAUGCAGGUGAAAGCUGGCGCUCAAAUGCUGCAGGUAUUUGAAUCUUCCGCCGAGCAUCUUUCUAAGGAGCAGUUCCUACAGUGGGGAGUGCCCUACCUGAAGAGAAUUCGUGACGAGCUGGUAGACCGUCUUACAAAGAAGGCCAUCCCCGUGGUCCCCAUGACGCUGUUCGCUAAGGGUGCUGGGCACUCACUGAAGGAGCAGAGCGAACUGGGCUACGAUGUCAUUGGCUUGGAUUGGACUGUGGAUCCUCUGGAGGCACGCACUUUGGUCGGACCUAACAUUACGUUGCAGGGCAACCUGGACCCUCAGGACAUGUACCGCGACCCUGACGAACUGCGUAACCUGACCACCGAAAUGGUGCACAAGUUCGGCAAGUCGCGUUACAUCGCCAAUCUGGGACACGGAAUCACGCCCCAGACUCCGAUUACGAGCAUGGAAGUGCUUGUUGAGGCGGUGCAUAAGGCUCUCUAAGGUGAUCCGUGCUGUAACCUUUAAUUUUAUGAUGCUUUUAUCGAAUGCAAUAAAGACAAUUGGCCUUGGGUUUAGGGUAACCUCA